AUGGAUCGACAGCUUCGAGUUGCUGGCAUCUUUAUGCUCUGGAUAUUCCUAUGGGAUGAUGAGAUUGACGGUGCCGGAACGAUCGUUUCUCAGAGCGAAUCCCACGCCAGCAUCUACUGUCAAAAUUCUCUUGAGUUUGCUCGUCUGGUCCUUGGGCUGGGCGAAAUUGAUAGUAAACAGUCCAAUAAGCAUAGUCGUGAUCUCCAGAACUUGUCAUGCCCUGUUCCUACUAUGGUUUAUUUCCAAGAUGCUAGUGAGGUUUUGAGGACAGCCUUGAACUUGAAUCAACGCAAUCGAUUACUUAAGGAGCUCUGCUCUUACAUGGCAUGGACGGUGAAGGAGCUGGUUGUUCGUGAAUCUGGCACAAUCACGACACCAGAUCAGUAUAUGGAACUGCGCAACUGGACAUCAGGAAUAUAUCCAGUCAUUGCGAUAUUUGAGUUCAUCUCUCAGGUGAAGAUCGACGAGUCUCUCAUGGAGUCGGAUGAGAUGAAAACGAUCUGGAAGGAGACAUGCUAUCUCUGCAUGCUAAUUAACGAUAUUCAUUCCUUCCCAAAGGAAAUGGCUUCUGGGUCCACAUUGAAUGCAAUACCCAUUUUAUUCCACGCCGAUGAGACCAAAGACCUCACAAACGUGAUGUUUAACCUGAAGGAAAGUCUAGCCCUAUCGGUGGACAGGUUUGACCGAGCGCGAAGCAAGUUGUCAUCACAACUGACUGGAACAAGCUCGCACCCACAAGUGAUGCAGUAUAUUGACACUUGUCGUACUACCGUUACCGGGCUGCUGACUUGGUCUUUAUCAACCCAGCGGUACAGUUUAUCGCGGUAUAGUGUAGAUGGACGAGUUGUGAUCACACUCUGA